CUCUUCAGUUCUAUGACGCCGUCAAGCCGUGCGCGCGUGUGGAGCUGCGUUGCCAUACAAACCCGCUGUCCAACAGUGCGGGCAGGCGCGAGAGACAUGAUGCGCGUUUACCGUGACAGCACCGAUACGUUUUGACAUUUUAACUGCCGCAGCUGUUGCCGUUAUAAGAUGUGUUGGCGACGCAAAGGCGAAACGUAAAGCGGUCUUAUAUGGGAAGAGUCGCCGAACGCGUACAGGAUUUGCAUCUGUUUCUGCGCGCGUCCCGCACGUGGGGAUGUCGCGAUGGCAUGCGCGAGGAGAACCAAAACUUUGGUUUCCACGUGCGUGAUUUUAAGCGGCAUGACCAACGUUUUGUGUCUGCUGUACGUCGGGUGGAUCACUAAUUACGUGUCUGAUAACGGGAACGUGAAAGUUGCGGAGAGGACACGUGAGAAAAAGUUUGACGACGAUAACAGAGGCGAAACGUUACGGAUUAUUGAGAGACUUGACAGGUUGGAGAGUGUUGUUAACCAGCACAUUCAAGAAAAACCUCUGAAGGACGGGGACGACACAGCUGACCUGUCUCUCUCAGACUCUCUUUUUGCCCACUGGGGUCGCGACCUCGGACCGGAGAGCCGUAAAGUAGCCCUGAAGAAGUUCCAGUACUACGGGUACAACGCUUACCUCAGCGACAGGCUGUCUCUGGACAGAGUGAUUCCUGACCUCAGGCCUGAUGGGUGCAGAAACAUCUCGUACCCCUCCAAUCUACCGCAAGUCAGCAUCAUCUUCAUCUUUGUGAACGAAGCGUUGUCUGUCAUUCUGCGUUCCGUUCAUUCCGCCAUCCAUCGGACGCCCCCCUAUCUGCUGAAGGAGAUCAUCCUCGUCGAUGACAACAGCAACAACGCCGAGCUAAGAGAAAACCUCCAGAGAUUCGUGGAGGAAACCAACCAGCAGCGGCCGGACUUCAUUAAAGUGGUCCGGCAUGACAAACAGGAGGGUUUGAUUCGCUCUCGUGUCAGUGGCUGGAGGGUGGCCACCGCCCCCAUCGUCGCCCUGUUUGAUGCCCAUGUGGAGUUCAGCGUAGGAUGGGCUGAACCAAUCCUUCACAGAAUUAAAGAGGACAGAACCAGAGUCAUCUCUCCUUCAUUCGACAACAUCAAAUAUGACACCUUUGAGAUUGAAGAGUAUCCUCUCUCUGCUCAAGGCUUUGACUGGGAACUCUGGUGUAGAUACCUGAACCCUCCCAAAUCCUGGUGGACACAGAAGAAUCAAACCGCGCCGAUCAGAAGCCCUGCCCUGAUUGGUUGCUUUGUAGUGGAUAGGAAGUAUUUUGAGGAAAUUGGUCUCCUGGAUGAAGGAAUGGAAGUUUAUGGAGGGGAAAACGUGGAACUGGGAAUCAGGGUAUGGCUAUGUGGAGGAAGCGUGGAGGUGAUGCCCUGUUCCAGAAUAGCUCACAUCGAGCGCGCCCACAAGCCAUACACAGAGGAUCUGGCAACUCACGUACGCAGGAAUGCGCUGAGAGUGGCGGAGGUGUGGAUGGAUGACUUCAAGGACCAUGUUUACAUGGCCUGGAAUGUUCCAGUACAGGAUUCCAGGAUCGAUAUCGGUGAUAUCACAGAGAGGAAGGCACUGAGAGAGAGACUCCAAUGUAAACCCUUUAGCUGGUUCCUGAGGAAUAUUUAUUCAGAAAUGAGAACCUACACAGAUACAGUCGCUUACGGUGUAUUGAGAAACAGCCUGAGGCCAGAUCUGUGUGUGGAUCAAGGCCCUGACUCUGACAACAUUCCCAUUAUGUACAUUUGCCACGGAUUGACGCCUCAGAAUGUGUACUACACAAAUUCCCAGCGGUUUCAUGUUGGGGGUUUGAGUCCAACCAUUGACGAUGAUGACAACAAGUGCCUGGUGGAUGUGAACGGCCGACCGCGACUACUGGAAUGCAGCUACGCCAACAAUAAGCAUAUGAAGCUCUCCUGGAUCUUUACUCUGGAAGGCUCCAUUCAGAACACAAAGUCAAAGCGAUGUCUUGAACUGGUGGAGAGUGCAGAAGCGGAGCAGGGUUACCAGCUGACUCUUCAGAAGUGCAGCAGUCAGAAAUGGACAAUUACCAACUUAUUGCCUGGCAAAGUCCUGUAAGAGACUAAAGUUAUCACUGGAUUUACAGUGUACUUAGAAGACGUCCUAUUAUUAAACACUGUAUUCACCUUGAUGUCAGGUGGACCUCGAGGACUUUGAAACAAAUCUCCUAUUUAUACUGUAUAUCAUUUUGACCAAACAAAUGGUUGGUAUAGAGAGAUAGUAAUGCUUGAAUGUAUAUUAAUGGAGAUUUCCUGCUGUGUGGUUUAAGGUUACAUUGGUGUCAGUAUAUUUAAGCACUUAUCUAUUUUGCUACUGUGUAGCACAUAUUUAAAAUGGUUUUUAUUCAGCUUUCCCUUGUUUCUCAGGUUUGUGAAUGAGGGUUGUAAUUAUUCUAUGUGAAAAAAUAGAAAAGAUAUUUUGUAUAGAAUGUAAUAAGUAUUUCUAAAAAUAAUAUAAAGACUUUUAAUUCAUCUUUCUAAAAUUUGAAAUCUAAAAUAAACAAUUUCCUGAAAUUAAACAGCUAAAACCAGUGUAGUGCUGGUUUUCACCAUUUUAAGUUGUUUUAAAUGGUCAUGGUACAUUGUUGGUUCAAAUAUAAUUUCUGGGAUUAAUAAAACCUAACGGAUUAAUUUUUGAUCCAAUGCUAGGCUGAAAAUAACCCAGAAUUUGUUUUUAUUGUACACUAAAAUGCUGGGUUAUUUUCAACUCAGUGUUGUGUCAAAAAGGGACAAGCCCAUUGGGUUAUAAUUUAACCUAUGCAGCGUUGUUUUAACCCAUUCAAAUAUAAACAUUUUCUUGGUUAAUUUAAUCCAACAGCUGGGUUCAUCCCUUUUUGACCCAAUGCUGGGUUGAAAAUAACCCAGUAUUUUUUUAAAUUGUAGUAUUUGGGUAGUUAGUCUCUCAGUCUGAACACCAGUGAUGAAAACCGAUGUUAACAAGCAAGACAUACCUGCGUGAGCAACUUGGAGGACAACCAUUCACCUUAUGCUGAUUUACAGCUAAUCUGGGUUUUAUUCUGCUUUUAUUUUAAACUAUGACACCAAAGAAACUCUGAUGAAAAUACCAAAAGAAAUGUUUGACACUUAUAUUAUUAAAAACUCAUUUUCAGGCCAGUAUCUGUUUUCAUAUAAGGAGAGUUGUGGCAGAGAUUCACCGCUCACAUAAAGUAAUUUCUACUUUGGGCAAAUCUCUUGUUUUAUCCAUCUCGUAUGUGAUGAAACCGUCAUUUUUAUUGAAGUCGGCAACAGCUGAAAUCCUAAAAGAGCUCUGAGCUGUCCAAAUCCUGUAAACCUCCCAAAUGCAUAGCGCAAAUCCUUUAACCAGGACAAACAAUUUGACAACUCAUUCGGUUUGUGAGAUGGAAAACAGAUUGAAAACUAAAAAAAGAAAAGAUUUGACCUUUCAAAGAAUAUAUUGCAGACGUGCUGGUUUUUUGCUAACCAGUGUUUUGAUGCUGUAGUGGUUGUUUGUUAUAAUAGCAUAACAACUGUAUGCUCAUUAUAAAAAAAAAGUGAAUUGUUCCCUUUAUUUACUUACAAAUAUUCUUAAAACAAUCUAUGUGAAAA